AGGGCAGACCUAUUUCUUGGGCUCCUUACAGCUCAACAGUUCUCCUUUGGUGUCCCAGGUAUAGCCAUGCUCGAAAGUGUCUCCACUCAGAGAUGUUAGCUGACCUCAUUCUUCAUGGCAUCUGGAGGCUGUGGACUCUGGGGACUGAGAAGCAGCCAGCAUGCUGAUUUGCUGUGAGCACUGGAGAGGGGUGUGUCUCACUGGAGGACUGUGUGCCUGGAGCAGAGGUGAGGGGUGAUCAGACAGAUGCUGAAGAGGAACGAACAAAGGCAAGACACGAUUAUCAGGACUGUUAUCAUUCCUCAUAAAAAGGAAGACAGCCCAGACGCUUGCUGUUCAGAAGGCUUUGUCUGGUGCAUUUCAGAAACUGCUGACUGUCGCUUUAGAUGUAGAAUGUCUAGCCUCUGUUUACACAGAAAAUUCAUUGAAAAUUAUAAUUCACAGACAAGUAGACCCAUGCAGUUCAAACCUAUGCUGUUCAAGGGUCAACUGUAUUUAACUCACCCCAACAUUUUGAAGUGGUUUGUUUGGAAGAAGGCAGAGAAAAGUAGUUAUAUUCUGAAAAGAUUAGUUGCUCUUCGUGGGAACAGCAUGGCUAAGGGGAAGACGACUAUCUUUUGGAUUUCAACUUGGUGGAGAAGUUCGGGCUGCCAGAACUGAAGUAGCACUUGAGAAGAUGUGAGAAGCCAGGUUGUGUGGUUUUCUUAGGAAGAUCUGCCACCCUCCCCUCUCCCCACCCUCUUGCAACACCCUUCCCAACAGGGUCUGUGGUCCAAGUCCUAUCUUGCUAUAAAAUGGGCAGGGGCAAAAGAUGAUUGUUCCCUUAGAAGGGAGGAGGGAGGCUUGUGCCUAGCUACUGUGGAAAAAGGCUCACCCAGGUGGCUUGGAGUCCACCAAGGCAACAGCGUAAUAGAGGUUGCCUAAAUAAAUGAGUAAUAAACAAAAGGCAAGAUGGGGUGGAGCUGUGCAGGCUUCUAGUUGCUAUGGGUACCUGUAUGUGUGGUGGAAUUGCCCUAAUGGCUCCUACCUCCACUGGCUCCUACACUCCACUGUGCCUAAAUCCUUCACAUGGCAUGGCUGGCCUACACGUUUGGAUUUACCUUAUGCUUACAUUGCAGCCCUUGUGGCUGCUGGUCCAGGCAGCUCAGCCUACAGACUGGGCUCAAGUCCUGGAUCGGAUUAUAUCUGACUCCUCAGGGCUGACCAAGUCCUGGACUUCUUACCCCUCUCAUCAUCCACCCAAAACAUCCCAUGUCCUUACCCCCCCAGCAAAUCUUGGGGGCUUUGACUACCUGGAGUCCUCUGCUCCUGCCCAGAUGCUGGCCUCACUGGCCCCACCUCUGGAAUUAACUGAGACUUUGGCUCCAUUCCUGGACACAGACUCAGAUCAAGAGAUUCCCCCAGAGCCACACCCAUUUGCUGUUCUACAUCAGGAUCUUCAUGACAAGCUCUCUGGGCAAGAAAUGUUCUCAGAGGUGAUUCCUGUGCCAGGCUGGGAUCAAAACCAUCCCCUAGAUGUACUUCCUCAACUCCAAAGUAAUGUUCAGACUGUAGGUGAAGAUCAGACUGCAGAACACCAGUGGUUUGAAAUACAUGUUCCACCUUUAGAUAGUCAAAGUUUAAAAGCAGCCAAGUUUAUUGUUUCACCCAAGGACCUGCAGAAAGAUCUAGCUCAGCAUCGGCAGCUAGCUACAGUUGUGAUUGGAACUCCGGACCUGUUUGCAUCAAAACCUCAGCAAGAAGUAACCUUACAGGCUGGUUAUGCAGAUACUGGUUACUCUGGCGGCAUCCUACCUUCAGAAUUACAGGUGAAUUCAAAUGAGCCUGCAGAGUCUCCUGAGCAAGUUCAAUUUUCUCAAUUCCAGCUAGAGACUCAAACUCAAAAUGCUGAGGAAGUCCAACUCCCUUUACAGCAGAAAGAGCCCCUAGCUCAGCCUCCACAGCCCUAUGAAGAGGUUGCAUCUCCUUUGGCACAGCAGGAGGCCCUAGCUGAGCAUCCACUAGCUACUGAAGAUGCUGUACCUCAGCUGUCAGUUCCAUCUCCAGGUCAGAAUGAAGCUCAGCAAUCACACUUGCCUAAUGUCACAGUUCAACCUGCAGAUCUGACACUUGUGAUAACUACAGAGGCAUAUAAAGAAGUUGAACCUUAUCCAAGCCCAGAGCAGACCCCAGCUCAGCCUCCAGAGGAAGCUGAGGAGAUAGAACUCUCUCCAACCCAACAAGAGGCCCCUGCUCAGCCUCCUGAGCAUCCUGGGGAAGUGGAGCCUGCAACCCAGCAAGAGGCCCCAGCUCAGCCUUCAGGCCUUCCUAUGGAGACUGAACUUUCUCCCACUGAGCAGGAGCAGCCAGCUCCGCCUUUUGAAACUUCUGGGGGAGUUGAAGCUUCUGAAAUUCAGCAAGAGGUCCCUGCUAAGCCCACAGAGCCCUUUGAGGAAGUUAAGCCUUUUCCUGUUCAGCAAGAGGCCCCAGCUCAAGCUCCAGAGUUUGCAUCAGAGAGUAUAAGUCAAACUCAUCAGGUGACAGUUCGACCUCCAGGUCAGAAUCAAGUGCCUCAUAACUUACCCAGUGUUACAGUUAAACCUGCAGAUGUGGUACUUACCAUCAUGGCAGAGCCCACCAAGGAAACGGAAUCUUCUUCAACCCAGCAAGGGGCCAUAAGUCAGCUUGGAGGCCCGCUUAUAGAAGCUGAACCUUCUCUUGGUGAGCAGGAGCAGCUGCCUCAGCCUUCUCAGGUUCUCAUUCGUAAUCCUCUGACAACUGUUGAAGAUUCAUAUCUUUAUAAAUUGCCCCCAUUAAGAUAUCUGUAA